CCACAGUGUGACGUCACGGCAUGACGGACCAAUCAUAUAUUUACAUCGUCCAAGCAAUAAAAGGUCCAGAAGGCAGCCCUGCCUCACUUCCACAGAAGGUAAACUCCAGUGUAGUUCCACCUCCACCUGUACUCCCAGCAGGAGAAGGCAUGGCAUCCAUUAUCAGUGCGCUGUUAAAAGUGACUGCAAAGUACUUCUCCAUGGAGGGAAUUCUGGUCUUUCUGGUGGUUUUGGUACUGGUGAAAUACCUGAGUGACGUUCGGCCCAAGAACUUCCCGCCUGGUCCCUUUCCUCUGCCUCUUAUAGGGAACGUGCACAACAUCAACAUUCGCAAUCCAGUUGGGUCCUUUUCAAAGAUGCAUGAGAAGUAUGGAGAUGUAAGCACGAUUUACCUCUUGAGCGAGGCCUGUAUUCUGCUCUCUGGCUAUAAGAGUUUCAAAGAGGCGUUUGUGGAACAAGCGGACAUCUUUGCUGAGCGGGCGUACUACCCACUGAAUGACCGACUGUCCAGAGGAUUGGGCUUGAUCUCUUCUAGUGGACACGCGUGGAGCCAGCAGAGACGCUUCGCUAUAGCCGUGCUGAAGCACUUUGGGGCAGGGAAGAAAACCAUGGAGGAAUCCAUCCUGCAGGAGAGCCGCUACCUGUGUGAAGCUCUGCAAGCACAACAAGGUUUGUCCUUUGACCCCGACCGUAUCCUCUCCAACGCAGUGGCCAAUAUAAUCUGCAGCCUGGUGUUCGGCCGCAGGUUUGAGUACAAUGACCAGCAGUUACAUCAGAUACUAAUGUAUUUCGAUGACGUAGUUCAGCUGCCUGCAAACGCCUGGGGUCAGUUGUACAACCGCUUCCCCACCCUCAUGUCCUGGUUGCCGGGUAAGCACCAAACUGCCUUCUCCAGCCUCGCAAAGAUUAAGCACUUCAUCCAGGAAGAGAUCCAGAGACACAAGCAGGACCGAAACCCCAGCAACCCCAGAGAUUAUAUCGACUGCUACUUGGAAGAAAUCGAGAAGUGUAAAGACAGCAGAGCCCAGUUCACAGAGGAGAACCUGGUGUUCUGUGUGGUGGAUCUGUUUGCAGCCGGCACAGAAACUACUUCCAACACUCUUUUAUGGACGUUACUUUACAUGGCCAAAUAUCCUGAAGUGCAAGAGAAAGUCCAUGCUGAGGUUGAUCAGGUGAUAGGACGGGCUCGUCAGCCCUCGAUGACUGACCGGACUCUGAUGCCCUACACCUACGCAGUGAUCCAUGAGGUUCUACGUGCUGCUAACGCCCUCAACAUCACUCCUCCCAGAGUGGCCAACAGAGACACUACAGUAUCGGGCUACCUCAUUCCUAAGGGGAUGACCGUGUUCCCCAUGCUGAGGCCAAUCAUGCAGGACAAGAAUGAGUUCAGCACACCAGACCAGUUCAACCCUGGACACUUCCUGGACGAGAAUGGCAAAUUUCUAAAGAAAGAAAGUUUUAUCCCCUUUUCUAUAGGUAAGCGUACGUGUCCAGGUGAACAGAUGGUGCAUAUGGAGUUCUUCCUGUUCCUCACCUGCAUGAUGCAAAGCUUCAGCUUUCAAGCCCCUGAGGGCCAGACUGUGAUGUUAGAGGGCACUGUGGGCAUCACCACGGCCCCCAAACCCUUUCAGAUACGCGCCAUCCCACGCUGAUGCCAACCUGACCAACCAGAUUUCCUCAACUUUUUUCCAAAAGAAGUGUUUGAUGUGUGCAAACAUUGUUAAAGUUUCAAAUAUACUGUUUUCUUUUCAGUUCAUAUGUUAACUGUUUAGCAAAAAUGGCCCAUUUUGAAACCAGACUUAACUUGUGGGAGUGUUUCAGCACUGACUGCUUUUUGAGUGAGUCAAGGCUAGAACAGAUUGUUUACCCAUUUGAGCCUUAAAAGCACAGCCUCUUUAUCCCUUAGAAUAAAGAGAUGUUGGUCAUGUAAAA